CACCAGUCUUCGCACGUUUCCGAAUUUUAAAUCUUCCUUUUCGAUGUUGUUUUCCUUCGUUCUUUAUAAGAUUUGAGCAUGGCUCCCAGAAAAGGAAAGGCUCCUAAAGAGGAGGCACAAAUUACGCUUGGACCACAAGUUACGGAAGGAGAAAAUGUGUUUGGUGUAGCGCAUAUUUUUGCGUCUUUCAAUGAUACAUUUGUUCAUGUUACCGAUCUCUCUGGAAAAGAAACAAUUGUUCGUGUUACAGGAGGUAUGAAGGUCAAGGCUGAUCGUGAUGAGGCAUCACCUUAUGCAGCUAUGUUAGCAGCCCAAGAUGUUGCUCAGAGAUGUAAGGAUAUUGGUAUUACUGCUCUGCACAUCAAGCUCAGAGCUACUGGUGGAAACAGAACCAAGACCCCUGGACCUGGUGCCCAGUCGGCUCUUAGGGCUCUGGCAAGAUCCGGAAUGAAGAUUGGUAGAAUUGAGGAUGUGACUCCAAUUCCCUCAGACAGCACCAGACGCAAGGGUGGUCGUCGUGGAAGACGUUUGUAAAUUUGAGCAUGACUAUCAUUUUCAAUAAAGGGUACCAAAUCUCAA